CUGCUGCAACAGGAGAAAAUCUACUUCACAGCGAACUGUGGUUGCUCAUAUAACUUAGCAAAUAAGUAUUUGCAUAGUUAUUUAUAUAGUUUCCUCGGAACGAAGAUAUCCAGGGGCAUUUUUAAACAACUCUUUAUAUUCAAACCGUUUGCGAACCUUUGGGUCAUUUCAGAUUGAGGAUUUUGUGAACUAUGCUGGACGGCCGCGAACAGUUUGAAGCCUUUUUCAGCAACUGAAAUGCGGAUGCGUUGUGCUAACAGCUGAGUCGGGGACUUCAAGAUGAGAAGCAAGAACACCAAGAGUCUCUUUACUUUCUAGCGAACUUGCAAAAGCUGGAUGUGUGUCAGUGUGAGGUCUUUUUUUUUUUAAACAGUGGAGGUUUUGCUCUUGAAACAAUCUAACAGCGUCGGCAUGAAUAUUUAGUGUAGCUAACUGUCUAGCGAGCUAAGUGGCGGUUAUCGUGUUUUUUUGGAUAACCAGCUAAGUGAGUUAGCCAUGAAAAUGAAGUUCCGCAAGAGUUAGCUUUGUGGUUUGCAAAGGUUUGUUCGCCAAAAGCCAGCCGCAUUUAUAAUCCAUCAUUAAAACCGUUGUAGGGUCGUUUUACAUAUGCUGACACCAAACGGUUUGGAAGCAAACUGUAGCAGCUAGAAGUUUUAUUUAGUCGUGUUAAUAAUUCGUGGGAGUCGCAAAUCGAGCUAACAUCGAGCUAAUUUCCUUUCGAGCGCCCCCUCACCCUUUUGCCAGGUAGUCACUCGUAAAGCAAUAAUAUAAAACCGUGUAAUUAGUUUCCCACUGUGUAGCAUACAGUCAAACAGAUUCGUUAUACUGUUUGCUGUGGUAGAUUUUGCAUAAGGGCGAAAAUGUUGGGGCCGUAAACUUCUGGCUACAAUUUGACACUGCGUAUUCUAAACUAUUUGCUCGGCAUCCUGUAAGAUUAAACUGUUUUCGUAAAUAUAGCGCUAUCUCGUAAAACGGGAUAAACUCAGUUGUUACAGUUGACGGCACCUUUCUCUGUAGUCGAGCAAAAAUGGAGGAGCGGUAGCUGCCUUUUAUAGUAUAGAUGGAGCUGUUAUCUAGUGCUGUAUUUGAGAAAAUAUUGUUAAAGCCUCGGCAGUGAUAAAUAACUAGAUAAACAACCAGCCCACACGCCUGUUUGGCUAGCUUUCGGAGCCGGAUAUAGUGAGCUAACGUGUUAACCAGCUCGUCGAUAGCCAUUAUUUUAUCUUGUCAACAAGGUCUGGUCGGUAAACCCGUAGAAAUCGACCGUUUGGUUCUUCUUCGCCCGAGAGCAGCUCUGGGAAAAGAGAAGUGUGUGUGUAAUACACGCGUCGUUUAGCUGGUAAAAUACCUAUUUAGGUUGUUUCGAAAUUCAGACAAAAUAACGUUAGCCAGCUAUCAGUCGUCGCCCAUUUUCAUAUUUUUCUAACUCCUUUUAAAUGCUGUUUGGUUCUUUGCCAGUUGAACUAUAAACACGGGAAUUAAAUAUACAGGUACGGGUCUUAUAGUUGCUAUUUUAAAGUGUGCGUUAUUUUACAGAUAUUCUAAUUAGUUUUUAUUUAAAGCAAAUCGUAUGUUAAAGAGCACUGCACGGUUUACGACUUGCUUACCCGGGCUAGCUGGAUUAGCCAGCUAACAGUGUUUUGAUGUGUGAAUUUACGUUUGCCCACUUGGCUCGAUUUUGACAGUCUUAACCAGCAGGUGGGUUCUCGCAAUACGCUCACUGCAAGUGGUGGGGGGGCUGAAAGGGGAAAAAAUAAUAAAAUAAAAAAAAAUAUUACUGUAAGGUAGGAUUGGAUUGUUUGCACUUGCGUUCACGCUGCAGUUUUUGCAAUUAGUAACCCAUCGCAGAUCAACAUUGCCGCUCGCAGUAGAGACUCUCUUUCCCCUCUUUGCAUGAAUCUUGUGUUAUUUUUUACAAUGCCUGUUUUUUGAACCUCGGCAAAUCGAGAGGAAGAAAACGGAAGGGCUUGAUCGAUGCUCGCCCUGGACUACCGCACUGUCACCGUUCUGUUGGCUUUGUGUUGAUUACCCUGCUGUCUUUCGUGAUUUCUUUGUCCCUGUAACAUUCCCGCGGCUGUUUCUACAUCGAUUCGAUUGAACCACUGUUGAAGAUGGCGGACCUAGAGGCAGUUCUCGCGGAUGUCAGCUAUUUGAUGGCGAUGGAGAAGAGCAAAUCGACUCCAGCGGCCCGAGCAAGCAAGAAGAUUAUUCUCCCUGAACCCAGUAUUCGGAGUGUGAUGCAGAAGUACUUGGAAGAGAGAGAUGAGCUCACCUUUGACAAAAUCUUCAACCAGAAGAUUGGGUUUCUGCUAUUUAAGGAUUACUGUAUGAAUGAAAUUGACGAGGCUGUUCCCCAGCUAAAGUUCUAUGAAGAGAUUAAAGAAUAUGAGAAAUUGGACUCUGAGGAGGAGAGACUAAGUCGCAGUCGGCAGAUAUAUGAUGGCUACAUUAUGAAGGAGCUCCUGUCAUGCUCACAUCCUUUUUCUAAGAAAGCAGUUGAUCAUGUCCAGUCUCACCUGGCUAAGAAACAGGUGCCCCCAUCCCUCUUUCAGCCAUACAUUGUUGAAAUCUGUGACAGCCUGCGAGGAAAGAUCUUUCAGAAGUUCAUAGAAAGUGACAAGUUUACUCGUUUCUGCCAGUGGAAGAAUGUAGAGCUAAAUAUCCAUUUAACAAUGAAUGAUUUUAGUGUUCAUCGGAUCAUUGGAAGAGGUGGGUUUGGAGAGGUGUAUGGCUGCAGGAAGGCAGACACAGGAAAAAUGUAUGCCAUGAAGUGUUUGGAUAAGAAGCGGAUUAAGAUGAAGCAGGGUGAGACCCUGGCACUCAAUGAGAGAAUCAUGCUGUCUUUGGUCAGCACAGGGGACUGUCCAUUUAUCGUGUGUAUGACGUAUGCUUUCCAUACCCCUGAUAAGCUGUGUUUUAUCCUGGACUUGAUGAAUGGUGGGGAUCUCCACUAUCAUCUCUCUCAACAUGGAGUAUUUAGUGAGAAGGAAAUGCGCUUCUAUGCAGCAGAAAUUAUCCUUGGAUUGGAGCACAUGCACAAUCGUUUUGUUGUCUACCGAGACCUUAAGCCUGCCAACAUACUCCUAGAUGAGCAUGGCCAUGUCCGCAUCUCUGACUUGGGUUUGGCCUGUGAUUUCUCAAAGAAGAAACCCCAUGCCAGUGUGGGGACCCAUGGCUACAUGGCACCCGAGGUUCUGCAAAAAGGGACAGCAUAUGAUAGCAGUGCUGAUUGGUUUUCACUUGGCUGCAUGCUGUUUAAACUGCUGCGAGGGCACAGUCCAUUCCGGCAACACAAGACCAAAGAUAAACAUGAGAUUGACCGAAUGACACUUACUAUGAAUGUAGAGUUGCCAGACUCCUUUUCAUCUGAACUCAAGUCUCUUUUGGAAGGACUGCUGCAAAGAGAUGUGGCAAAGAGGUUGGGCUGCCAGGGUCGGGGGGCUUCAGAAGUUAAGGAGCAUCUGUUCUUCAAAGGAAUCGACUGGCAACAGGUCUAUCUCCAGAAGUAUUCUCCACCACUGAUUCCUCCUCGUGGAGAAGUGAAUGCUGCUGACGCCUUCGACAUUGGCUCUUUUGAUGAGGAGGACACCAAAGGCAUAAAGCUGCUGGACAGUGAUCAGGAGCUGUAUAAAAACUUUCCCCUGGUGAUCUCAGAGCGCUGGCAGCAGGAGGUGGCUGAGACAGUGUAUGAGGCAGUCAACAGUGAUACGGAUAAGAAUGAGGCACGCAAACGAGCCAAGAACAAGCAGCAAGGCCACGAGGAAGACUAUGCCUUGGGCAAGGACUGCAUCAUGCAUGGCUACAUGCUGAAGCUUGGAAACCCAUUCCUGACUCAGUGGCAGCGCCGAUACUUCUACUUGUUUCCUAACCGUGUAGAAUGGAGAGGAGAGGGCGAGUCUAGGCAAAACCUCUUAACAAUGGAGCAGAUAGUGACUGUUGAAGAGACACAGAUCAAAGACAAGAAAUGCAUCCUGCUGAGGAUCAAAGGAGGCAAACAGUUUGUCCUGCAGUGUGAGAGUGACCCCGAGUUUGUACAAUGGAAGAAGGAGCUGAAUGAAGCGUUCACAGAGGCCCAGAAGCUGCUGCGUCGUGCUCCCAAAGUAAUUGGCAAAGGCCGUGCCGGCGUGGUGGAACUGUCCAAACCACCACUGACACACCGUAACAGUAAUGGCUUGUGAGCCACUGUUGGCUUUUGCCCCAACGCUUCCUCAUAAUCAUGCAUCCUUUUACACUUGCAGACAUGGCACCACCUGUUUCAGCUUACCCUCCAUUUUCGCCACAACCAAUAAAGCAUCUAACUGUUAAAAAGUGGUUCUCCACAUGGUCUGUCUGGAGUUCUACUUGACCAUAACUAUUGUUUCGUCUGUCUAGUACACGCACACUCACCCACUUACAGAUUGACACACUGGUGAAGUUGCCGUUUCCGGACAAUAGUGAAGGACCAAUGUUAAUGUCACUGUUGAAUGAAGACAUUUAUGUGGUCAAGAAUGAACAUGAGGCAUACAGUGACAUUGUGUCCUUGCUCUACUCCCUACUUUUCACCUCUUUCUCUUUUAAUCUGUGAACUUCCUCCUCCAUACUCAGUGUUUUUCCCCAGGCAGGGCCUGGCAUCAGCUGCCCCCUACCCAAACACACAUGUACAUAGACUAGAGUGUGAUGCUAUGGGAAGCUGAAUCCUGUGCUCCUGCUGCUCUUCCCUCUACUGUGAAUGUGUUGGUCUCUGUAUGCUCAGGAUGAAACUGUGUGAAGGUGCAGGUAAUGGGCCACAUGGGUCCAUACAUGCAGAGAUAGUGGGCUACAUGCUGUUUUUAGUCAGCAUUGAUGCCACCACAGUGGAGGCUGGUAGAAUGUCUUUCUGUCUUAACGUCUAGAGCUUGUAAAGAGUCAAAUGAAAUUAUGAAAAUGCUGAGGUCUAGUUUGAUGUAAUGCCUAAUUAUCUUUUUGUAAUAACCAGGGCCACCUUGAAUGGCCCAUUUCUUGAAAUGCAUUAUGGUUGACUUCUAGCAUAACUAGAUGAUAGAGACCAGAGGUGACCAACUGCAGUCCUAGAUAAUCAGUGUCCAUCAUACAUAUAUAUAUAUAGUACUACAAGACACCACAUUCAACUUACCAGUUUAUUAAGAGGGCGGUGAGGAGGUAUGUUGGAGCAGAGAAAUCGCCAAACUCUUCUUGAUUCCAGCUCUUUAAGGACUGCAGCUGGGUACCCCUACCUUUAAGGUUCAGUUUUCUCUCAAAUGCAUACUAAUCGUUCGGCUGUUGCGCCCUACCCUCUUCACCUCCACCUUUAUUUAAACUCAAAACAGUUCCAUUACAAUGUUCUGCACUGAGGAAAUUGUAAGUGAUCAAGGAUGCACUCUUUCAUGAGAUAAGACUUGACGGUAAUUAACAGUGUGUGAAAUUUGGUAUUCAGUCCUUUGUGGGAUCAAAAUCAAUUUCUGUUGAGCACUUGCAUGGAGCAAUGUGUAUUUUAUGUGUGCAUGUAUGUGUGUUUGGUCACUUGAUUGUGAUGGGGUCAAAGUGUGGCCAGUGAAAGUUUCAGUACGCAUAGAUCCCUUCGUUGUACUAUUGUGUGCCUCAAGGGGGAGAUAUUUCACUGGUUCAUGAUGCAAAAUGCCAGAUGCGAGAUGCCACACACUUUUCCCAUACUGCUUAAAAGCCCACUGCACCUUCUCCAAACAGUCAGCCCAGUCCUUACUUGUUGAAGUGCAAAAAGUGCCAACACAGAGAGGAUUCUUCGAGCCAAGUCUGCUUGACUCCAGUGUGACUCUUGUGUAAAUGAUGGAGAAAGAACUAAAACAGACUACAUUCUCCCUGUUUCACGUGUCCACGUCCUCCGGGAAUGCUCUGAUAGACAAAAAUGUGCAACGCAGUGAAAAGACAGAUUGGAAAAUAUAAGGAGCAUUUCACAGUCCUUGUCUGACUUUAUAUACAGAACCAGUCCUUUCUCUGUGCACCUACAGUAUACUCUUCUUGAAAGAUGUUUGCAUAUAUGGGGGAUUAUUCUGUCUGCCUGUCUGUGUUUCUGUUCUUUUGUCUUGGCUUUGGGGAAAGGGUGGGUUGAGUUUGAUGGCUUUCCAAUUGUUCAUGUGUACCUCAGGAUGAGAUGCAAGUGUGCAAACCUGAAUGAAAGCAGAGUGGCUUCUUUCAUGUUGAGGUACAUGGUUCUCAUCUGGGUCACAUCCUGCAUGUGUCAGUGUUGCCAUCAGCCAUCUGCAGGUGGACAGACUGUUAACAUCAGCAGUGCUCAUAUGCGAUUAUUAUAAUACCCAAAGUGAGGAAAUUCCUUUGAGAAGGUUGAGCUAUAGGGGCAGUGGGGAGGGAAACAGACCAUUUGUUGUAAUGCUUCAGUAUAGUUUUAAUUUUUAUAUUGUUUUGAAUGUGACAAUGCAAAUUUCUAAUAGAAUUUUUGAAAUAUGUGCAUUUUUGACUGGCAGAAAAGAGCACAGCUGGCAGAUUUGAAAAGUGAAUUUAGCUUUUUUCUGUUUGUAUAUUUCAGGUUUUCCAUGCAAUAGCUUUUAUAAGUGGUUCUUGUCCAUGCUUUUUAAAGGAGGCUUUGAUUUGCAUGUGAUCCUGAGUUUGCUAUAUAUCAUAUGCAAUACUCAGAAUCAGAUGCCAAUCAAAGUCUCGGUUUGUUUUUUUAAAUGUCAGGGAGGUGCCAUCCUAGAGGAAGAUUUAAAGUUGGAACUUUUUGAGGGUCUUAUUUGAAAAACCAAAAUAGUUUGGACAUUCAAGUUUAAUCACUGUACCAUCAGAAUUCACUAGCACACAAAAGAUGUGCCAAAAGACUGUAGGCUUUUUUGCUGUGCAGUCUGCACUGAUCACAAUUCACCAUAUACAUUCCCUCCAAGCCAAAAUUGGUACGUUUUACAGGUGAAUAACUGUGUUUAAGGAAAGGUACAAAAGUGUGACCAAAUUUAGGUGGUCCAUUGGGGGCAGAUUUGGAUGUCACAAACACACUGAGAAGUGUCUGUCUACCGAGCGACCAGCCCAUCACUGGCACUGGUCAAGAAAGGCAUUUUACUCACCCAGUUCUCAAAGCUGGAGCACCUCCACCAAUCCUGAAUAUUCAUGUUUUGUUCAGGGGUUUUGUAUUUUAUUUUUAUCUCAGCUUUUUACUCACUCUGUUGAUGUUUCAUUCAAAUGCUUGUGUGUCUGUUUUGUAGGGAUUAGUUUAUAUGGCAAAAGCAGGUAUUAAAUGGCAGGUAUCAAAAGACAACAAAUAGGAAAAAUAAAGUAAAUAUAUAUGUAUAUGAAAAAAAAUGAUUUAGGUUUAUUUAAAGGGUAAAUAUCAACAAAAACCUGGGCUGGGAUUGGGUUCAAAGUGAGUUUCAAAUAUUUGUGGUGAAGAAUCAGCUCAAUUCUUGCACAUAAAUUUAGAUAGUGUACCUAAAGAUUGCAGAUUAUUAUUUUUGUCUGUUUAUUGCAAGAUUAUCUUGCGUUCUUUCAUAUUUAUUGUCUGGCUGGGGAGUUAUUCCCUCUGUGCUUAACUAUACAUGUACAUGGGUUUUGCUAGAGCACGGAGCUGUAGAAGGUUCCAGUUUACAGUUGCCACAAACUUUUUUUUUUUUUUUCCUUUUUUUUGUGCUACAAGCAAACGCAAGUACUACUGUAUAGGUUAUUACCAUUAAAAUUAAGGCAGUUAUUAUUAUUGCUGAAAAUGACCAGUAAUUAUCUUUGUCCCCCAGAGAAGCUAGAAACAUGUGUUGGACUGCCAAUUUAAAGUUCAGAAUAAAAAACCCUUUUGUGUUC